CCAUGCACGCACGGAAUGACGACAACAUGUCAGUCAUUGUCAUCCGACGGAUCCGCACAGAGUGAGUGUCGCCUCACUCACUGCGUCGAGAAACAUCCACGGAAGUGCCCUGCCCCCUCCUAUCCGCCCCGCCCGCUGUACAACCGUUAGCCACCGACAGAAAAAUCUGGAUAAAGGAAGGAACCCCCAGUCACUCAUUCAGCACACAGGAUACAUGACCUCGACAUCAGUCGUCGUCAUCUUCACCCUGCUCCCCCGCCUCGUCCCUGCCGCCCUCCCCCUCCCCCUCCCCCGCGUCAGCUUGUGCAGCUGCAGCUGCACCGGCAUCCGCUCCAUCCGCUCCCGCGUCAGCCUGUUUCUUCUGCAGCUUCUCCAGGAUCUUGUCUGCACUGUUGAAGAUGCCGUUGGUCGGCCGCUGACACACAGCACACCUGAGUGAGACAGGCAAAGCACCAAGGCAGGACAGGACAGGUCAGGUCGGCUGCCGUGAGCAGCAAGGGAGGCCCCGUCGGUGCGCGUGGGCGUCUUACUUGCUGCUCUUCGAGUAGUGCUCGAAUGCACAUUUCUCGCAGAAGUAGUGCUUGCACCUGAGCGACCGACCAACGACACAAACACAACAGAAGAUGCGCAAGGCAAGGCAAGGUCGUCGUCGACUCUCUCUGGUCUGUCUGUCUGUCCAUCCACUUAUUCCCACUCCCCCCACUCACAGUGUGACGACCGGUCUUGACUCAAGUGACCACGGUGUGCGACAGAGCAGGCACGCGAAUGGCAGCCCCUCGUCGUCGUCAUCGUCGUCGUCAUCGUCAGAAUCGUCGUCGUCCUCAUCGACUGCACACACAGAGGUAGGUAGGUACUUAUUGGCCAUGGUGCACAGCACAAAUGCUGGUGUGUGGCUCGCUCACGUACGUGUGAUUUUGUCUCCCCUAAUCAGCUUCUGGAGCUUCUCCUGCUUUUUCUUCUGCUGCUCGUCCCACUCCCUGACCGAAGCGACCAAACAACAGCACAGCACAGCACAGCACAGCACACAUAUGGUGUCGGGUCGGAGUGGAUGUGAUGGUGUAUGUAUGUACCGAUGCUCCCCUCCCAUGCUCACUCACUUUUCGAGCUGCCAGCCGCUCUUGUAGUCACCACGGUCGUGGAUGAACUUGCAGGUAUCUGACAGACAGACAGACAGACAGACAGACAGCAGAGGGGUGCGGUGCAUUCGUGUCUGUUCCGGCUGGCUGCACAUGUGACUGACAUACGCACUCACGUACCUCCAAAACCGCAGUAGCCCGUCUCUUUGUAGUCCUUGCAGAUGUCCGGCUGGUAGUCGAACCGGGCUGAGAUGCGAAUGUGGGCUUGAGACCGAACCGGCCCCAUCAGGCCAGUGUAUUUGCCGGCUCUGAUGGCGCCCUCGCUUUGGUUGGCGAUGGGUUUGUAGGCGUGAAGGCCUCGGUAGACGUUCUCCUCCAGGCUGCCUUUCUUGAGCUCCUGGCCGAUCUGAUAGUUGCGCUCGAGGAUGGCCCGGUGGUCGCGGUCUCUCUCGGUGUCGAUCUCAGACACAGCAAAGGCCUUCUGGUCUUGGUGCAGAUUCUGACACACAGACACCAAGCACACGCAUACACAGGCCGGUUGAGGGUGGGUGGUGAGGCUACAUACGAUGUCUGUGUAACAGUUACCAGUUCUCGUGUUGUCUUGUAUCCUCCAACCACGAUGUCAUCCUCAAUCCACGCCUUCUUGUUGCUGUCCUUCGUCGUCUUCGACACCACACACACACACACACAGAGGGUGCGCAUAUAGCGGUACGAGGUUUGAUCAUGCAUCUGCUUACUUACCGCUGACACUGUGCUCUUCUUGGCCGCCUUGGAAGCCCUCUCGAGCUCGGCGCGCUCCUCAUCUCCCUCGCCAUCAUGCUCAUCUUCCUCCUCAACAGCUCUCUUCUUGAAAUUCGCUUUUCCUCUCUUGGCAAACAUCGAAGACACCUCAACACACCUGAUCCUGUGCGAUGUUUGCGAG